AACGGCGCUGCCCGCUACACUCGCUGUCAUUCGGCACUCGGCUCGGCAGUUACACGUCAACCGAUCGUCGCGUGUUUCCAGUCCCCUUUUUGUAUGAGUGCAUAACUGCGUACAGAAUUCCACGGCGAAGACGAGACUACUCGAUCAUUCUCCAAGAUACGAUUCUCGGUUUCGCGCAGGAAAAUUUGUACUUGUGAAUCGUUUCUCAAUCGUUUCGCCUGGCCACGCAUCGGGGCUCAAUUCUCCGACGUGCCUCGGAUAUUAAAAGGGUUAUCCUAAGGGAAUUCAGUCGGACCAUGAACUAUGUCUUUCCGUUUUUCGAAACGGUGAAACCGGAUUGACAAAUAACAGUCGACUUGAAAAUUGUUAGGCGAAGUUUCCGCAGGAUCACAAGCACGAUUCGAAAAAAGGAAAGGAGCACAGUACUGUGAAACUGGUUGCCGACCAGCAGGGAUAGGAGAGAGAAAGGGAGACAGAUCUUGCUAGAAGAAAUGAAAGACACGGCGGGUAAGAAGUAUCAACAGCUUUUUGACGACAUCAACACGAUACUGCAUAAGUUGGAUGUUAACACGGAUAAGGGAAGCGACGAGGAUGCAGUAUUGAAGGAGGGCCCCAAAGAACAAAGCUCAGAAAUGUGGUUAACAACUGCAGAAGCUGCCAGUCUUGGCACAGAGGAAAUAGCAGCUAGGUUACACGUUGAUAUAAGAGCAGGAUUGUGGUCAGAGGAAGCUGACCACCGAAGACAGUUAGUUGGAUUUAAUGAAUUUAGUGUUAAAGAAGAAGAGCCAACAUGGAAAAAAUAUGUUGAACAGUUCAAGAAUCCUUUAAUUCUGUUACUACUUGGUUCUGCUUUUGUUAGUGUAUGUAUGAGGCAGUUUGAUGAUGCUGUCAGUAUUACAGUGGCUAUCAUAAUUGUAGUGACAGUUGCAUUUGUACAAGAAUAUCGAUCUGAAAAAUCCUUAGAAGAAUUAAAUAAAUUGGUGCCACCAACAUGUCACUGCUUACGAGAAGGCCGUUUAGAAACAUUUCUUGCUCGCAAUUUAGUUCCUGGUGAUAUAGUUUAUUUAAAUAUUGGAGACAGAGUACCUGCAGAUAUCAGGAUAUUCGAAGCAAUAGAUUUAGCAAUUGAUGAAAGCAGUUUCACUGGAGAAACUGAACCAGCACAAAAGUCAACUGCUCCAUUACUUAAAACUAAUGGGUUGACAACAAAGAAAAAUAUUGCAUUUAUGGGUACAUUGGUGCGCUGUGGAAAUGGCAAAGGUAUAGUAGUCAACACUGGUGAAAAGAGUGAAUUUGGAGAAGUUUUUUCAAUGAUGCAAGCUGAAGAAGCUCCAAAGACUCCUCUACAAAGGAGCAUGGAUAUUUUGGGCACUCAGUUAUCCUUUUAUUCAUUCUGUAUUAUUGGUAUUAUUAUGCUUCUUGGCUGGAUCCAGAGCAAAGCUAUUCUUGAAAUGUUUACCAUCAGUGUGAGUUUGGCAGUAGCAGCUAUACCUGAAGGUUUACCUAUUGUUGUAACUGUAACUCUAGCUCUGGGCGUUAUGAGGAUGGCUAAAAGAAAGGCUAUUGUUAAAAAGUUACCGACAGUUGAGACCCUUGGUUGCGUGAAUGUGAUAUGUUCCGAUAAAACUGGUACUAUUACGAAAAACGAGAUGACUGCAACGAUCUUAGUAACUUCGGAUGGAUAUGUGGCUGACGUUACUGGGGCUGGCUACAACGAUAAGGGAGAAGUUCGAAUUCGAAAGUGCGAUAAUUAUGAUGUUGCCCAUGCUUCUAUUAACCAUAUGCUAGAAGUAGGAUGUGUCUGUAACAAUGCCAUUAUACAGAACGACACUCUGCUUGGUCAACCAACAGAAGGUGCAUUGCUAGUAUUAGCGAUGAAGUAUGGAAUGUAUGGAGUCGCAGAUAAAUAUUUACGCCUACAAGAAUAUCCUUUCUCUUCGGAACAAAAAAUGAUGGUUGUGAAAUGUACACCAAAGUAUGGAGAGAAUAGGCAAGAAAUAUUUUUUGUAAAAGGUGCUUUAGAGAAGAUCUUGCCUCAAUGUACCAAAUAUUAUGCUAAUGGUCAAGUAUAUUCUCUUAAUCAGAAGAAAGAUGAGGAGUUCCUAACAGAAGCCUAUGAGAUUGGGCAACAAGGAUUAAGAGUACUUGGCUUGGCACGUGGCACAUCAUUACAAGAUCUCAUAUAUGUUGGUUUGGUGGGAAUAUGUGAUCCACCUAGGCCACAUGUUCGUGAAUCUAUAACGACUCUCAUUAACAGUGGCGUUAAAGUUAAGUUGGUCACAGGAGAUGCCAAAGAGACUGCGUCUGCAAUAGCAAGUACGAUCGGGUUAGAUAUACUUCACUCGCGAUUAAUGUCUGGAGAUGAGAUUGAUUCAAUGACUGAACACCAAUUGGAGCAAUGUAUCAAUAAUGUUAGCGUGUUUUACCGUGUCACGCCUAAGCACAAAUUAUGCAUUGUUAAAGCUUUGCAAAGAGAGGGUAAUAUAGUGGGCAUGACAGGUGACGGAGUGAAUGAUGGAGUCGCUUUAAAGAAGGCAGACAUAGGAAUAGCCAUGGGUAAAAAUGGUACCGACGUCUGCAAGGAAGCUGCGGACAUGAUUCUAGUAGAUGAUGAUUUCGCAACUAUUAUUGCUGCAAUUGAAGAAGGAAAAGGAAUUUUUCACAAUAUACGAAAUUUUGUAAGAUUUCAGUUAAGUACUAGUAUAGCAGCUCUUUCCUUAAUUGCUCUUGCCACUCUGAUGGGUAUACCGAAUCCUUUAAAUGCAAUGCAAAUUCUUUGGAUUAAUAUUAUUAUGGAUGGCCCACCAGCUCAAAGUCUUGGAGUCGAACCGGUUGACAAGGAUGUAUUGAAACAGAAACCACGUAACACAAAAGAGCCAAUGAUUACUCGACAUCUCAUUAUCAAUGUAUUAUUGUCAGCUAUUAUAAUUAUACUUGGUACCCUGUGGGUUUAUAAUAGAGAGAUGGUAAAUGGAAAUACUGCAAGAGAUACAACCAUGACAUUCACUUGUUUCGUAUUCUUUGAUAUGUUCAAUGCUCUAAGCUGCAGAUCACAGACAAAAUCAAUAUUCACCAUUGGAUUGUGGAGUAAUAAAAUGUUUCUGGUAGCUGUGACAUUAUCAGUAAUAGGACAGAUGUUAGUGAUCUACUUUCCACCAUUGCAACGAGUUUUCCAAACUGAAGCUCUCACAGCAAAAGAUAUUUUGUUCCUCGUCGUAUUAACAUCAAGCGUGUUUGUUAUCAGCGAGAUAAAGAAGUUUAUAGAAAGACAGCUGUAUAGACGACGAGCAGGUACACAAUAUUAUAAUAAAUCUGAGAUGGAUUUCGUAUGACAGUUACAGUCUGCCGAAGACAAGGCGGACAAGGAUCAUAUGGAAUAAACACCCGGAGAACAUCGUACGGGUAGUAGUCGUUCGUUAAAUCAACAUAAUCUCGCUAUAAUUUGACUAUGCUUGCACAUUUGUAACUUUAUAUGUGCACUUGUCACGACGAAAACGAACAUAAAUCGCGCCCCUUCCCGCGCGCGUCUAAUUUAAGAUUCAAUCACGAUUGACUGGCAGUUUUUUAAACGUUUACAAAUAUUUCUGACUCUUUGAUGUACGAUAGUCGGUUAUUUAAACGUUCUUAGAAUUAGCCGUUCUCACUCUCUCACCUUUUACAGUGGUUAUUCGACACCUCAUAGACACUACUAGCGAUGCUACUGCACAUUCCACACAGAUUCGUUGUAGAAAAAUUCGUGAAUUUUAACGCUGUAAGCUACUGGUAAAUGUACUCUUAGGAAUUCAGCAUCGAAGAAACAUCGUGAUCAUUCUAUUUCACUUUUCUAACUCGCUCGACUAACGAGACCGAUUUAUCACACCUAGAACACAUCCGUUCGUUAAUGUUCGGUUUAUAUCUUUCUUUCGUCGAGAUAGAAUGUUGUAUCAAACGUAUUAUUUCGAGUAAUAAAACGUAAUCCAAGACAAUGAAACAUAAGUUUACAAAAUAAUCUAGUAUACACGAGGCGAUUGCAUUUGAAAAUUGAUUAUAAUUCGAUGAAUAAACGAUCUUGUAAUGUUCCUUAAAUCUAUAACAAGACCCGAUGUGUUUCCGGUUACAAGAAGUAACAAGUACUAGGAAAGAAUCAAGAAUUACAUUAUAUAACAGAUAAAUCAUUAUAUUAUAUUAUACAUAUAUAUAUAUACAAAUAUAACUACGCUAAAUGUUGUACAUUCUGAAUGCUUGUGACAAUGUUUUCUUGUGAUCGGAAUCAGAAUCGCGUGUGUACUAUGUAUCACUUUACGAGAAGUUGCAUUAUCAUUUAUAAAUUUUAGUGCAAAAGAUACCCCCUAUAUUAAUGGAUUCCGUCAAGAGCACUAUAAGUUUUGUAUUGGUAAAGUUCUGGCCCUCCAUAGCCGUAGAGCAAUUUGCCUCUGCCAUUUUCAUCAUAAUAUGGAUAGCGAUAUUUGGGCCUAUAAAUAAAUGAUUAGAUAACGAUUAGUGUGGAGCUUUCGAUUGCAUUUAAAUUUAAAUUGAAGAAUCAAAGCUUAUAAGAAAUGAACUAUAUAAACUUUUCCUGUAUCAUAAUUUUUUUAUCUUAACGAAUGAAUUACUACAUAACAUCAUAGCAUAAGAAACGUAAAUAUCAAUGGAGGAAUAAUGUGGAAAUAAAGAGCUAUAGUUUCUUUAUAUUACACAGGGAAUUCCGGAAUUCCACAAAAACUUAAAUCAAAAAUAUACAAUAAGAUAUUAUAUCAGUAGAUACAGUAAGUCAUGAACAGACAAUGUCUACCCAAUACAUGCGCGCUUCACGAUUUGCCACACUUUUUUUAUUAAACAGUUUACUUUUUUUUUGUUAAAAAAUUUCAAGUCAAUGUUUGCGAUUAAUUUUUUUUAAGAAAAAAAUAUUCAUAUUCAAUUGUACUAGAUAACAUUUGAAUAACAAAAAUUCAAAUCUAUAUUCUCGACUUAUUAUGCCACAAAUACUAGAAUAUUCUACAAACAUAGACCAGUAGCAAUAAAUAUACAUAAAUAAAAAUUCAUAUUAUUAUAUAAUAUUUGUUCGAAUAUAGUUGAUAGAACAGGCAUUAUUUGUAUCCACAUGCUAAGCGAAUAAAUGCUUGUAUUCCUCAA